AUGGAUGACUACGGGACCGAGUCGGAUAGUGACUACACCAGCUACUGGCGGGAUUGGUUUAUCUCGUCUCGGGGUAACGAGUACUUUUGCGAGAUCGACGAGGAGUAUCUUACCGACCGGUUCAACUUGACUGGCCUGAACACGGAAGUCCAAUACUAUCAAUAUGCGAUGGACCUCAUUACCGACGUGUUUGACCUUGACUGUGACGACGAGAUGCGUGAGACAAUAGAGAAAUCGGCUAGGCACCUGUAUGGUCUCGUCCACGCACGAUACAUCGCUUCCACAAGAGGAUUAACGAAAAUGCUCGAGAAAUACAAGAAGGCCGACUUCGGGAAAUGCCCACGCGUCAUGUGCAACUCCCACCCACUGUUGCCCCUCGGGCUCUCCGACAUCCCCAACCUCAAGCCCGUUAAGCUCUACUGCGCGCGGUGCGAGGAUACAUACAACCCCAAAUCCUCCCGACACGCCUCCAUCGACGGCGCCUACUUCGGCACCUCGUUCCACAGCAUCCUUUUCCAGGUCUACCCAACCCUAGUCCCCGCUAAGAGCCAGGAGCGCUACGUCCCCCGCGUCUACGGCUUCAAGGUCCACGCCGCGGCCGCGCUUGUACGCUGGCAGAACAGCGUACGCGGUGACAUGCGCCGCCGUCUGCGCAAGAUGGAGGUUGACAGUGGAUUUAAGGACGGCGAGGAUGACCUGGAGGACGAGGAUGAGGACGAGGAGGAGAUUGAUGAGGAGGAGGAGCUGCAGAUGCAGCUACAGCAGCAUCAGCUCGUCGAGUACAGAGGUGGCGCUACUGCUGCUACAGGCGCACUCGUUCCUGUCGCGGCUGGCGAUGCCCAAAUGGGGGGUGUCGCAUAA